AUGAGCAUUCACCUCAUCUCCACUGUCGCCGCCGUCUUCGGUAGCUAUCUUGUGAUUAGAGCGUUUCACAAAUUUCAUAGUCUUCGAACUGCUUCUAACGUUUUUAUGGUAAGUUUGUCAACCGCUGACGGUUUACUGGCGAUUCCUUUGAUUUUUGGCAUCGUCCAAAUGAGUCUUAGACUGUUAAACAGCUCUGAUGCUGAGGGUUGCUCCGGUCCUCUUGGAAAAAUAACCUUCAUAUCCAGCUUCUUUCUCAUCUCCGUUAUAAUUCCUCACCUCGCGUUGAUAAGCGUAGAGCGUUUAAUCGCCGUGAAGUCCGCCUUAAGAUACCACACCAUAGUGACCAAUCCUCGAGCACUGAUCGUUGCCUUGGCGAUGUGGUUUUUUGCUGCGACCGUUACGAUAACUUUUGCAACGACACUUGUAGCAAACCGUGGAGACAUUGAACGGUUUCGCCAAGCGAUGGAUCCACACUGUAAAAACCCUGAAGAUCCUUUGGAUCACGAUCUUAAUCCGUUAAUGAAAGGGCUUCUCAUCUUUCUAUUAAUGUUUUUGCUAGUCAUCUUCUUGGUAAUCAUUUUGUGUUCAUAUGGCGACAUCUUUAUCGUCUCCUACAAACAAAGGAAGAAUAUAAGAGGACAAAACAACAUUCCAGGAAUGGCUACCGCCAUCAAGCACGAAAUGAAAGGCGCCAGUACUUUUGCUAUUGUUGUAGCCGUCUGCCUUCUCAGUAUCGUCCCACUGAUAAUCAUGACAGGCCUUCGCUUUUUCGGCGAACUUCCCGAACGUUGCGACCCAAAGAGAAAGUUAAUUAAGUUCAUUGGUUUUGACUUAGCAACAGGCUUAAACACCAUCUGUAAUCCUCUUGUCUACGGAUGGAGAAAUGAAAAAUUCAGAACCGCUUUUCGCAAACUGCUGAAGUGCUCUUAAAACGCGAAGUUGUGCGCCGUUGGAAGCUGGGAUUAAAGAGCCUGGUGUUUUAAUUGGAGAAUUUGCCACCAGAAAAAAAAAAUUACUCGAAUGGGGUCGAACAUUUUCCAGACGUUAGGAGCAAGUUCUGGCAUUAGGUAUUUUGGGAAGAAAAAUAGGAAGAAAAAAAAACUGCUGCGGCAUAUUUAAUGCCUUUUUUUAACAGUUAACACAUGCAUGAUCCUACGAAAUUUACAUUUAUCCAAUUUAUCCUAAAGUGACUAGGAUGAGUCCAUAGUUUGCCACAAAAUAAACUAUAAUGGACUGGAGGUUCUGAGAAGCAAGCGGCACAUCACCAGCAAAAGUUGACCCAAGUUUAUCCCCGGGUCUAAAAUAAAAUGCUUUUACUCGAAAAUCCCGCUGAAAUUCAUCCCGGUUUUUAUAAACUACACUUAAGUAAUAUAUCAAACAUGAGAUGCAGUGUUUCACCACCAGAUGAAACACCGAGAAGAGAGUUGAAAAUACGACGCGCAGAGGAGUAUUUUUGACGAACUUCGAGGUGUUUCAUCUGGUGAUGAAACACUGUGUCGAAUGUUUGAUAUUUCUUCUCAAACAAAAUCAUUUUUGAAGGAGAAAUUAAGGAUGCAAAUACUAAGCAGUGUUUCAUCCGAUUUCCAAACACUCAUUAAACAUUAAUUUCCUUUGUAUUUUCUUAAUGAAUUAUUAAUGAGUUUGAGAAGGUCAAGGAAACUUUUGGGCAAUGAUAAUGAGCGUUCUGUUCAGUACAAUGUGUAAGUAAGAUAAAGACGAACUACAAAAAAUUUCUCAGAACUUAUGCCGGACUGCAUGCAGUUUUUCAAAAAGAAGUGAUGUUAUUUACAAAAGACGUGAUGGUCGAUCUAAGUUGAUGUAGCUCUUAUCCAUAUCAGCAAAUACAGUGUGCCGAACACAUUGUUAACACAAAAACUAAUUAUCGGAUUAUCUUGCUUUUCCUAGAAAAGAAACUUAAAUAAAAACGAAUACCAAAAACUGUAAGGAAAAAACGGUAUUGAUACACCUCCCCAGGAUACAGUAAAACAAAAAUUAUCUGCGGUAAACGAGCGAGGCACAAAAUAGGUACCACUUCUCGACCGAGAAGAACUAUCACAUGAGAUCGAGGUCGAAUGAGCCAGGCAGCCAGUCCAAGAUUUCGUCCAAACCGUGAAAUCAUAUGGCAUCCAGGACGAUACCUACCCGAAUCCCGCGGGAAAAGAAACACGACUAUAAUAGUAUGCGGUCACCUAAUUCCUCAAAAGGGAAAUAAACACUUUUCCCGUUACGCAGAAUGAUAUACUAAUUUUAAGCACCGUCUGUACGCUUCAAACAGAUCGCCGCUGAGUGAUCUAAGAGUCCUAUUUUUGUAUGAAGUCUCUGUAAAAUAUUCUUAUUAAACGAACUGCCCGUGAGUUCUGAAAUUCGAAAAAGAAAAGUGACAAACUAAGUUUUGCUGCCAUAUUUGGGUGUUUGCCAGUUUUUCCUGUUUGGUCGCCUCUUUUCUUUACAUGAACGCCUGUAGAAAUAUGGGUGUUCUUCAUUGUAUCUAUUCCGCUCCAAACUUCUUCCGCUGUUUAAUAAGUUUAAUUUGUUAUAAAUGUCGCCAGCAAGUAUGAAUUCAAUUUAUUCAUUAUUUUCCUACAUAGUGGUUUACGCGUGUCAAUUAAUUUUUAAUAACACAGCAUCAUUAAGUUAGAAAUGAAAACGGACGUUUCCUAGUCGCUUGAUUAAUGGCUCAAAAACGAAGGUGUCGAGCCAGUGUGUCUACUUCCUUGAAUAAAAACAAUCUCUGUUCAGCUGACAGCUGACAGUGCAUAGUAGAAUUCACUAUUUUAAGCCGAAACUUAUCCACAGUCGCAAAGAAACAGGACCCAUGCAUUUUUUAUGCGUGAAGUCGGUUCUGAUGUUGAUAUUAAUAAACUGACUUGAUAGUCUCUUAAAUAAUAAUAAUAAUAAUGAUAAUAAUAAUAAUAACAAUAAUAAUGAUAAUAACAAUAAUAAUAAUAAGAAUAAUAACAACAACAAUAAUAAUAACAAUAAUAAUAAUAACAACAAUAAUAAUAACAAUAAUAAUUAUAAUAACAAUAAUAAUAAUAUAAUAAUAAUAAUAAUAAUAAUAAUAAUUAUUAUUAUUAUUUUGGUAAUAAUCAGUAAUAAUAAUAUUAAUUCAAAGGAGUAUUUAGGAGACGUUUUUAGACGUGUUAAAAAGCUCGCACUUCGUACAUGUUCGGCUGUUCCUUGUAUUUUAAACUCAGUAAGACGCACUCACUAGUUUAUGAAACUUUCAAAGCCUCCUGUUACAACUAAUUUUUAUUAAGAGUGCCACAGUUCUUUUGUUUUUCUUUCUAGGCCAAAUAUAAGGUUCUUUUUAUGAAUUAUAAGUUGACUCUGUACAAAUUCAUUUCACCGUUGAACGCAGUCAGCUGUUUAAUAUAAAUUAAGAACACUGAGUGAUAACUAGUUUUAUUUGCUCAACUUUACACUAUGCAAUUUUGACAUCCUAUUUACUUUCUUAAUGGAUUCUCAAUGAAUUUGCGAGGACAUUUAUAGUUUGACGUUGUAGAAGGCAGUAAUUAAGACAGUUACCCAACAUUAACCUGUAUAUACAUAUAUAUUUUAUGGACAAUCAUGUUUAUUUGGUUUUUGGUUAAUAGAAAUGGUUUAAUUCUAUACCUUUAUUGCAGAUGCGUCGUAUUUUGUUUUGACGCUAUUAAAACAAAAGGAACAUCAUCAAUAGUUGUUAUCGUUAUCUAAUAUCCUUUGAUCAUAUACAGAGUUGAGUUCACCCGGCCAUGGCUGAAUAUUUAUAUGGUUUGAUUAUGAUACGAAACGGAACAACAGUGGUAUGAGUAAGUGUUCCGAAAACGAUAGAUAACAUAGGUGGCACAAUUUUCCUCCCGCAAUGAAGAAUUGCAAGACUGACCAUCCCUUACCGAAGUGGAAAUUUAUUCUACUGUUGAACGUUCAUGGGAUUAUCACAAUCAUUGCUUUGCUUGGGAGUUAUCUCGUGCUAAGAGCGUUUCACAAAUUUCGGAAUCUGCGAACUGCUUCCAAGAACAUUUUGGUGAGUUUGUCUAUCGCCGACGGCUUACUAGCGAUUCCCUUGAUUCUUGAUAUCAUUAAUUUGUGCCUUUUGUGUAAUGUUGGAAAUCCUUCACGUUUUCUAAAAGAAGUAUACGGAACUAUCAUCUUGUUCCUCCUUUCGGUCAUUGUUCUCAGCUUAAUGAGUUCAGAACGUUUCAUUGCGAUCAAGUUUGCCUUAAGAUACCACACCAUAGUGACCAAACGCCGAGCACGGAUCGUUUCCAUCGCGAUGUGGCUGUGGGCUCUGGUCAUUGUUAUUGCUCUUCCAUGGACGCUUUAUGAGACAACAGGCCACAAAGAUUACAGAGAAUUUCACAUAGGGAUGCAUCCAGAUAGGGAUGAAGCCCAAGAGCUCCCCAUCAGAUGGCAUCUUGUAUUCACAGCUGCGUCAAUGUUUCUUGUUCCCCUGUUGAUCAUGAUAUGCUCGUACACCUACAUCUUCAUAGUGUCCUACAAGCAGAGACAACGUGUCAGAAAACAGGGCCGCGACGUUCCAGGAUUGCCAACUGUCAAGCACGAAAUGAAAGGCGCCCGAACUCUCGCAAUUGUUGUGGCGCUGUGUCUGCUCAGUAUCAUUCUUAUCCUUGUUGUGACAUCCCUCCGAGUUUUCUGGGACACAUUACUCGCAGGGCACUACCAUCAAAAGUUACUGCAGCAUAUCGUUUAUAAGGUGGCCAUGCUUUUGAACGCUGCAUGCAAUCCUCUUAUCUAUGGAUGGAGAAAUGAGGAAUUCAGAAACGCUUUUCGCAAGAUGCUAAAGUGCUGCUAA